CAGAGCACCAAAAAGGCAUUUCAAAAAGAAGACGGUAACAGAGACAGAGCAACGUAAAGACGUGUGUGACGAGAAUAACCGCAAGAGACGCAAUCAGGUGUGUGCAGAUCUAACGGAAGCCAUGGAGACUUUCAGAUCCAUGCUUUCUGGGAAAAGAGACUCUAAGUCUCGAACUUCUUACUCCAUUUAUAAAAACCAAGACAGAGGAUCCAUGAGAACAAUGGUGGAGUCUGGAGAUGACUCCGCCUGCGUGGAAAUGAAAAUGGUAGAGCCAGAUAUAGAUGAUGACCCAGAGACUUCACUGACAAGUGACAUCACUAACCUUGUUCUACGAAAACCACGAGACCACAAGAGAGCUAUUGUGUACCUCAUCCUUACAGCAUUGCUCAUUUUCAUCACAGCAUUCCUCCUUGGCUACAUUGCUUUUCGGGAGUCAUGCACCUCUUGUUCAAAUGAAGAAGAUCAGUUUUCAUCAGCACUGCUGGAUGACUACCCCAGUUCAGAAUCCUUCAUAGGACCUGGGAUGCUUUACUGGACUGACCUGAGAGAAAUGCUGCAGAAGUAUUUGAGGCAGGAGUCCAUUGAAAACACGGUGUGGAAGUACAGUCAGAUGACACAUCCUCCUGGCUCAACUGCAGGGAGCAUGUUGGCUGCCCAUGUUUUGGAAACAUUUAAAAAGCUGAAGUUAGACCAUACCUGGACUGAUUCCCACUAUGCCACACUGCAGUUUCCUGACAGGUGGAAGCCAAACUACCUGCAAAUUGUAGAUAACACCGGAAUGCUGAUACAGAAUAUUCCUCCAACAAAUCCCGAAGCCUACUGUGCAUAUAGUGCAACAGGAAAUGUUACAGGAGGACUGGUGUAUUCAAACUAUGGACAAAAAGAAGAUUUUGAAAGGCUUCUGAAGCUAGGAGUGGAAAUAAAAGGCAACACUGUUAUCAUGCGGAUAGGAAAAAUCAGCUUUGCAGAGAAGGUUGCAAAUGCAGAGAGAUUUGGGGCAGCAGGUGCUCUGAUUUAUCCAGACCCCAUUGACAUCCCCCAGGACCCCAGAGGAAUGGGCCUCCAUAGCUCUACAGCCAUCUCUGAGCAUGUUCACCUUGGAUCAGGCGACCCUUUUACUCCAGGAUUUCCAUCCUUUAACCAUACUCAAUUUCCUCCUGUCCAGUCUUCUGGUCUUCCUAGCAUCCUGGCUCAGACCAUCAGUGCAAAUGUGGCUUUUACAUUGCUCAGCCAGCUGUCAGGACCAAGUGCUCCAAAAGAAUGGAAUGGAAGACUGUCCAAUGUGCCUUAUUCUCUGGGACCCAACUUUACCAACCCUGAACGUCGCCUGAGACUGGGGGUGAACAACUACUUUAGCUCUCUGCUCAUUAAUAACAUUUUUGGCUGCAUUGAGGGUAAACAUGAGCCAGACCAGUACAUUAUUAUCGGAGCUCAGAGGGAUGCUUGGGGACCUGGUGCAGCAAAGUCUGGUGUCGGCACUGCAAUUCUGUUACAGUUAGCACGCUCAUUCAGCUCCAUGGUGCAAAAUGGUUUUCAACCAAGAAGAAGCUUGCUUUUUGUAAGCUGGGAUGCAGGUGACUUUGGCAAUGUCGGGGCUACUGAAUGGCUGGAGGGUUAUUUGACAAUGCUUCACCUCAAAGCCGUGGCCUACUUCAGUUUGGAUAAAGCUGUGUUAGGUGAUGAUCGGCUUUAUGCAUAUACAAGUCCUCUUCUUGCCAGUCUGAUUGAAGGAGUUAUCAAACAGGUGGACAGUCCUAGACAUGUUGGCCAGACCAUCCAGAUGCAGCUACAGAACCAAGGCCUGAACUGGAAAAGUGAAAUAAUCAGACCUCUUUUCCUAAACAGUGGAGCAUACAGUUUUACUGCAUUUGGAGGUGUACCAGCCAUGGAAAUAAGUUUUAAAGAGGAUUUCCGCCAAUACCCAUUUCUUAACACAGAGUAUGAUACUUUUGACAACUUGCAGUUGCUACUGGAAGGCCGAUUAGCUCUUGUAGGCCGCACAGCAGCAGAGCUGGUAGGCCUAAUGGUAAUGAAACUUGCUCAUGAUCACAUCCUACCCCUUGACUACUCUUGCUACAGUGAGACCACCCUGCAAUUCAGCACUCAGCUCAACAAGUACUCUCGAGAACUACAGGCUCGAGGUUUGACACUGCAGUGGAUCUUUUCAGCCCGUGGAGAUUACAGCCGUGCUGCAGAUCAACUCCGUAAUGCCAUCCUGAACAGCAACGAGCAUGACCAUAAUUUAGCACGCAUGUACAAUGUGCGGAUCAUGAGGGUGGAGUUCUACUUCCUGUCACAGUAUGUCUCCUCCACUGAGUCACCAUUUCGCCAUAUCUUGCAUGGUCGUGGAAAUCACACUCUGUCUGCACUCCGUGAACACCUGGCUUUACUGCGCACCAAUCCAUCACAAUUUGACGAGAACCAAUUCCGAAGACAAUUGGCCCUUCUGACCUGGACCCUACAAGGGGCAGCCAAUGCCCUCAGUGGGGAGGUCUGGAAUAUCGACAACAUGUUUUAGGUUUUUCCUUUAGUAGGCACCUGGUUUGCAUUGCCUUACUGUUUGUAAUAAUUCUCAGGACCAGUAAGUCAAAUUAUUCAGAAGAUGUACAGCAUGUAGCAUAACCUUCUCAAAUCUGUGCACCCCUGUGAACCUGAGUUACUAUAAACUGUUUUCAGUAAGUUUCAUUAUUUUUUCAGGAAACCAAAAUGUUUUAAAAACUAAUCAAAUGAAAACAAGGUAUUCAGUGCUUUGUAGAUUUCUUUUUUUAGACGUGUACCAAGGUCAAGAAAAGUCUAUAAAUAAACACAUGGCAGUCAACUGAGCACCCUGAGAAUUAUCCUACAAACAAAGGCAAUGACACCAAUCACGUGUUUUUUGUAUGCUGUGUUUUCUGACCUUCUAUUCCUGUUCCUUAUCUUAACUGCCUGAUUUUCAAAAGAUGGUAAUAUUAAAUGUUUUAACAGUUUCAAUGAUAUCCAUAUUACAAGUCAAAGUUUGUAUGACUUAUAUUAUUGUAUUUAAAAAGUUUGGCACUAAUUACAGAUUGUGAGCAUUAGUGCCCUGCUCAUCCAAUUAGCUCUUUAUGUUUUUCUCCAUGCUUUAAAAUGGAGACUGUAAGCUUCAUAGUGUAAUCUAAGCCAGGUUGGAGCUGAAACUAGAGGGGUCAUUUUAAGAUAUCCAGAAGCAUUCUACCCUAAUGUCAAACUUUCCCCCAUCCAGAAAAGAUUAUCUGACAUUGAACUUGGAAAAGAAAUCUAAAUCCUUCACUUCUGUAGGUGAUCCUGAAGCAUUUUUAAUUUGCCCUUUUGAAUUACAAGCGGAAAAAACAAGGACACGAUUCAGUGCCUAUCCCCACAGUGUGUGUGAGUGUGAGACAUGAUGUUAUUCUACAUUGUUUACUGUACAUUGAAAAAGGUAUUUUACAUCUAUCAGUCAACCCGAGACUUUAACUUUUCAACAGUGAUCCUAGAAGAAAAUCCAGAUUUAAGAUUUGCGAUGAGUUCAUAUGCUGACCCAAUGCUGUGUGUUCUGAAAGACCUUUUUAGGCGCCCCGGACAUUAAAUUUUUCAUCCCAAACCUCAUUUAUAUUAAUUGACCAGCUUAACCUGUAAUUUUGAUGAUUCUAACUUUACAAAAUAACAGAUGAUAUUUAGGAUGUUUUAAUGAGUCGUGAACAAACAAUGCAUCUUAAUUACUGUACAGUGAAAAAUCCACUGUUUUCAAUGGUGGGUAAUAACUGACCCAAAAGCACCUAUCAGUUUUCAAAAAUAUGACAAUUGAAAGAUAUUUGCUUUUUCUAAUCUUAGGUUACUUUACUAAACGCUUUCACAUUUUUGAGUGGAAAAGAUACCAUUUUAAGGUGUCUUUAUGGGUUGUGAACAAACAGUGAUACGUAACAUUUACUAAAGUUUAUAUUGGGUCAGAAUUGACCAGUCUUCAAAUGUGUAGCAUUUGUAUAAAAAAAUAAUAUUUGGAAAAAGUUCUGCUUUUUGUAAAGUUACGUCACAUUACUAAAAGCCUUUAUGUUUCUGAGUUGAAAAACUGAUGUGAAAGACAUGGCAUGGUAAAAUUAUGUAGAAGCUGUGUAAAUUAUGAAAUUUGGUGUACUUUUACUGAUUUCAAAGACAUUGUAAAGAUUAAUUACUUGAAGGUUAUACUGUAUAUCAUUAUGGCAGCAACUGGUAUAAAAUUGUUGCCUUGCACAGGAGCAAUAACAAUUUCUGAACAACUACUCUAUAGGCUAACGUUUAACAAGGGCAUUUUAGAACUUUCCUAAAUGAGAUAUUUAAAUUUGUUUAAUUUGAAAUUAGAUAUUUUGCAACAUGCUACAAUCUCCGAAAUGUAGAAACUUUAUAAACAUUUGAGUUCCUUUUUUGAAAAUCAGGUCAUUAGUUUUUCUAUUCAGCCUUUCUGUUUGUCUGUCAACAGCCUUUUCUUUCUGGUCAGCUUUUAGGAGUAAGAAGAAACCUUGAUCUCCUUCAUCAGUUUUCCUCCUAUUUUUUACUGCCUUUCUUCAAAGAACAUUCCAAUUGCUUUCAAUGUCUUUAUAUCUGGAAGAUUUUAAUUAUUUAAAAACAUCUCAAUAAUUUAACAGAUCUGUACUUGGAUGCACUAGUUUUGCAUAAGUCAGUCAGUUAAUCAAUUUCUAACCCACUUAGUCCUGAAUAUGGUCAUGAGGGUCUCCUGUCCCAGAAUAGCUGUUUACUGCAUAGGCAAGGUCAGAAGAGCCCACCCUAGAAUUAGUGUUGCUAACACUGGACUCAAGCCAGUCCAUUGUAUGUCUCUAAAUUAAAGCAAUUAUUAAAUGUUAAAUUAAUUCAGUAAUCACAGUGUCAAAUGCCUGUGUCUUAGCUUUUAUAAUGAGUCAGUUUCUUCAAAAUAAAAAAGCUCAUCAGUAGUAAAUCAGAAGAAAAGCAGACGGAGAGACAGAACUAGAAAAGUUUAGGUAGGCUAUCAGAAGUUUGUUUAUUUUGCAAUGCCAUUCAUCUAGCACACCAGUGCGUACUGUUUUGCUGUGCCGAAAGCUUAAAAAUUAAUUAUGACAGUAAGCUGUUCUCUAAAGUGCCUGGAUUAGGUCCAUAAGUUUAUUAUUUUUCCUUAAAUCACAUUCCAUGAUCAGUAAUUUCAAACAUGCAUACAAACCUCAAAUAUGAUUUAUAUUGUCCUUCAUGUUUCCCAUCAGAUAUGAUGCAGCAUAAUUUAUUCAGACAAUGUCUGUUUAGUUGAUUUAGCCAGUAAGACUUCACAAUACUUGCUUAAUUACUGCCACAAGUUUUAAAUCCUAAUCCUAAACUUAACACAUUCUAAGUCAUCCACAUCUGGCUGCCAUAAGACUCGGACUUAUCUGUCUUGCUUCUCCUUUGAAUUAAUUAAUGAUGAGGAGACUUAAACCUUGUACGGCAUUUGCUUAAUGACACUUGUCAUCAUAAAAGUGACACCACUUUUACAUUAACAACUUAACAGUUGAACACCAACUAACUGCCUUCACUUUCUUGAUUCCUACGGAACUCAUUUGCUUAACCAUAGACUUUAGGUGGCACAUGGUGAUAAAAUGUACUUUUCAAAAACUGUACGGUCAAUUAUUAUUACAAAAUGGUAUUGUAAGUAUGGUUAGGAGAUAAUGCAAAGAUCACAGUGUGACCAGACAGGUACAAUCAUUUUUUCUUGGACAAAACAAUAACAAGUUGUCAUUAAAAACAAACAAAAGAAUCUAAAGGAUAUAUUUUAGAGAAUUGUAGAACAGAAAGGAAUGAACUGUAAAGUAGUCUCCAGAGUAAGUGAUGACCUUUGAAAAGGUGCACAUAAUUGGUAUCAUUCUGAACUAGGAUAUCAUAAGUUAAAACUAUACGAUUUUUGAAAAGAACAGGCUAUUCACACCGACACAGUUCAUCAAUAUCUCCACUUAAAAAAAGCCACUGAGGUUUGAAGAUCUUCAAAGUUCUACACUACUAUUAUGGAAGGACAGGCAAGCAACAAUUCCACUGUGGUCUGUACGGGUGACAAUGCUACUGUUACUACUGCUUAGUAAGUUAUCCUUAGUGUAUCUGUUGUUAUCACACCAACACGUUAUUACCAGGAAAUGAAACAAAAAGACAGCGUAUGAUAGUAUGUAAAUGAUAUCUCUCCUUUAGAAAUGCAAGCUACAGAAGGCAUCAUAAUAAAGACUUUAGUGUUCACUUACAAAUAGACUUAAGCUGACAUUGUGCAACCAUGUUUAAGAUUCACAAUUGUAGUGUCAUGAUAAAAUAAUACUCGACAGAUUAAACCUCGGUAUUAAGCUAAAUUGUGUUCAUCUUUUGAACCUAUAGUCUUUCUAAUGCUAUUGUUUACCUUUUACUUCCAGACUUACCUGCUGAUGUCUCUGCUUUGAUUUUCUUUGACUUCUUCUUUGUCUAUUAAUUUUCUUUUAUCAGUGCAUUAUAUUGAUAAUGUGUGUCAUAUUAUUUACAUUUUUAUGUUUUUUGAGUAUAUCACAGUGUAUAAUUUUGAAAUGUCUGGUGGCAGCUCUAUCACCUUUCCAGGUGUGUCGCUAAUUGUUGUUAAUUUAUCAGUGACAGUGAUCACUAUAAAUUCUUUUUUAUUGCCAAGUAAUAAUGAAGUCGUUACGAAUGUAAACAGUAAUUAUCGGGAGCAGUGCCUUCCAUAAUUAUGACAGUUAUACUGUCGUCCAAUCAGAAAGCAGCAUCUGCUAACAAUGAGGAGUAAUGUCAGAGAGCUGGCACACAGGAGAGCUGUAAUUCCCGUGUCUUGUACCAAAUCAUAAUCUUUAAAAAAUUGUGUUUCAGACAAGAACAACAAAAAAGCUGUUAUGCUGACAAGUGCUAUUAGACAAAAAUGAGAGUACUGUAUCAUGGUUAUAAUAUUGAUGAACAGUACUGAAUUUGUUUUUUUAAUUUUCUGUUCAUUUUGCUUUGCUUAUUUUUAUUCAAUGAAAAGAGGACUCCAGAAUGGAAAUUGCUUGAUUUUUAGUCUUUGUCAUCAUUGUCUUUUGUGGCUGAUGAUUAUUAAUGGAAAAGAACUUCUAAGCCCAAAAGAAUAAUUUCAAUUAUAAAAAUUAUAUUAUUCUUGAAAAAAAACUUCUCUAUUAGUUUUAAUUUUCACCAUAUUUGAAGUUUUGGACACCAACCUGUACAGGAGGUGAUGUCAGCGUGUGCUGUGUCUUACUGAUUAAUACUGCAAUAGAAAAGACAAGGCACACUUUUUUGUGUAUGUGUAUGUGCCAAGAGUAAAUGAAUUACUAAUUAAUUUACUCUAGCCGCAUACAGACACAAAGUUAUUAAUAAAACCUAAUAAUUAUUAACAAUACAAUCUGAAAACACUGAACCUUAUUGAUUCUAUUGCUGCACCUCACCUGGGCAUAGAGCAAACCCAACAUCAGAUGCCAUUAAUAAUGUUGCUGGUUAAUUUUUUUUUUACUGUAUUGGCUUUUUAAGAAGAACCAUAACUGCUUCUGAUGUUUGCUUAUUGAUGGACCUAAUUUGUGUCUGAAUAAGCCCUUGCUGACUGUUACAGGUUUGCCUAGCCCAAAGCAUACUGGUUGAUAGAAAAGCACUUUGAAGCUGUUAAUGAAUUUAUGAUGUGUCAGUGGGCCUAACUCCCUCACAUUACAUAUCUGACCCAUCAGGAGACAUAUAAUCACUCAGCUCAGCAUCUGAGCUAAACAAAUCAAUAGAUCUAAAAAUAAUCACAUAAAAAUCGUAUUGUUCUUGCAGUCCAAUGUUAAUUGAAUUCCUCAUGUAUUCAUCAGUGCCUACUCUCUGACAUUGCUACAGGCUGUCCACCCAGUACUAUUGGAAACCAGCAGCACCAGUAGGUCAUUCCACAUAUUUGGAAAGUCACUAUUAUUUAUUGCAAGGAUACUACUUCACUGUUGUAUUAGUAUAGGACUUCUUUGGUGGCAUAUUAAAAUCUACCUGGCUCAUUUCCAAUGCUGAUUUGUGCAUACAAGAAAAGUAAAGUUGCUUCUUUCCCAACAGAUACAUACAGAAAGUAUGCUUAAAAACAUUGGAAAUGAUUGGUUCUGCUGAGUCAAGAUGUGCAGCCUUCAUAGAAGUUGACAAAAUUAUUGUUGUUACUAAUACAAGUACUUGUGCAUGUGUGCAAAUGUCUUUUGUUCCAGUUUACUAACAUGCUUGUGUACCUGAUGCUGUUGACUUCCAGAACAGAAUUUAAUAAAAUUCACUAAAUACCAUA